AGUUUGUUUUUAGCUCCCGUGCUAAAGCUGGUUAGCCUCCGUGCUGAAGAGCGUUUUGGGGAUUUUACACCUGAACAAUGGCUUCCUGCGAUACGCUCUCACGUUUUUAUAAGCAGGGUACAGUAGCAGAGCCUGGAGGGUCAGCUGAAGAACCCUCAGCACUUCGAUGCAGAAAAUGCAGAAGACAGGUAGCAGACUCGGCAUGCCUGCUUUCGGCAUCAAAAGAGGUCAUGGGAGCAUGCAGUGUGUGGCACGUGGAUGUUGAUACGUUGCCAGAUUGGAUUUCGAGCGCUAUUAAUCAGGUUCACUGGACUGUUGGGAAGCUGAACUGUCAGAACUGCGGAGCUCGGCUGGGAAGUUUUAAUUUUAUAAACUGUCCGAGAUGUCCUUGUGGACGUGACACAGCUGUGCACCUCAGCAAAAGCCGUGUAGAUCAGGCUGUUAAGCAUUCUGUCCACUUCAGCAGACCAGGCAGGGCCAGGAGGCAUGCAGAUAAAUUAAAGUGCCAGACAGGAAUUCUGGGUAAUCAAAAAGAGCUAGAAGAACCUGAGACAGCCAGAGACCUCGAGUCAAUCCCAUACCUGAACCAGGAUCUACAAUUAGCCACUCAGAUGCUAGCUAUGCAGGCCCAGAUGACCAGCUUAGAUGCUGAAGAUGCUUUUAUCUCUCCUUUCACUAGACCCUCAGAUUUCUCCUACGUUUCCCCUGUAGUUCAGGAAAUUCCUGAGACACAUGCUCUCAUAAACCCCAGCCAGGAACCUCAGAGCUUCAGGUCUGCUGAGACAGACAGUGAAGGUCCCGUAGCUCAGGAAAGGCAAAUACCAGUAGAGCCAUCAGUUCAUCAGGAGAGCUCAGGGGAUCAUCGUUCUGCUCACCUCACACAGCCGGAAACACCCUCUCUGGACACGGAGGAACUGGAACCAGAAGAUCUGGAGCAGGAACAGGAGGAACAGGUGCACCAUAACACCUCCAGCAGUGCUCAGAAGCUGACCAAGCGAGAGAGGAAUCGCUUGAAGAGCCUGAAGCGGAAGCAGAGGAAGAGGGAGCGCUGGAUUCAGAAUCAGGUUGAGGAGAAAGAGCUGGGAGGGAAGUGGAAUCUGACGAGCAGCGAUGACGAGGAUAAAGAUGGCUACACGUGUGCAGUGUGUCUGGAUGUGUACUAUAACCCCUACAUGUGCCAGCCGUGCAGCCACGUGUUCUGUGAACCCUGUCUGAGAACUGUAGCCAAGAACCGGCCAAGGAACACCCCCUGCCCGCUCUGCAGAACCCUCAUAUCACACGUGCUCUUCCAGCAAGAGCUUCAUCAGACCACUAGGACGUGUUUUCCAAAGGAAUAUCUACUAAGAAAGGAAACCUUCCAGAGUACCAACUACUCCAAAUGGCCUCUGCCCAGCUGUCCAAAGCGCUUCCAUAUUUUCUGGGGGUUCCAGAGACGUGCAGCCUCUCAGUUUCCGCACCGAGCAUUCAGGCUGGAUGGGCUGGAUCUGGGAGAUAUGCGGCGGGGCUGGCUGUUCGACUCCGACAUUGUGAUCAUCUCCAUCUACUCUUUUCACUGGUUGCUGGCUUUCAUCAUUUUCUGUGGACUGUGUUAUUUCUUCCUCCUCUGAUAGAAGGAGCACAAGAUACAGUUCAGAAAAAAAAACUGCAUUUCUGAGUUUUCCCUGUAAGUGCCCUAUUUUAGCUAAAGAAAUGUUCCCGUGGAACAUUGUGUGUGUGUGUGUGUGAGAGUGUUUGUGUAUUUUUAUGUGUUUAUGUAGAAAUGAUAAUAUAUGGAUCAGGGGCUCUAAAACUUUGUUACUCUGCAACCCUUUUUUUAGAGGUAAAAAUAUUCCACAUGCUGCGAGCAGUACUUUCUCAAUAUGUGACCUCAUGAUGUCAAACUAACAGUAAAUUGCAAAUAUAAAAUGGUCUGCAUUGUAGAUUAAUGCUAAAGUCAUCCAAACUAUGAAGAAAAACAUAUGAAAUUAUUAUUUAUUUUAAACCAGAAUAUGUUUUAUGUUUUAAAGUCUUCAAAGUAGCACCUCUUGCUUAAAUAGACACAGUUUUGAACAUCUCUAUUUUCUCAGUUUUAUGAGGUAGAGUCACCUGGAAUUCAGGCUUUCAGUUAACAGCUGUGCUGAACUCAUCAAGAGAUAAUUACUUGAAUUUCUUGCCUCUUAAUAAAGUGUUUGAGAGCAUCAGUUAAAGUAAAGUAGUGAAGAGGUAGAGUUACAGGUAUACAGUGAAUAACUCUAUUUAAGUAAUGUUCUAAUACAUAAAAAAAAUUCCAAGAACUUUGAAAGUAUCUCUAAGUGCAGUUGGAAAGACUUUAAAAAUUAUUAUGUUAAAACUGGCUCUCAUCAGGACCGCCCCAGUAAAGGAAGAUCAAGAGUUUCCUCUGUUGUACAGGAUAAAUUUAUCAGAGUUACCAGCCUCAGAAACCGCAAGUUAACAGCUUAAUCCCAGAUAAGAGCACUUAAAUACUUUUGUUUAACACUUUUUAGUUACAUGAUUCCUUAUGUGCUCCUUCAUAUUCUGGAUCACUUCACUAUUCAUUUACAAUUUGGCUUGUACUGUAUAUUUCACUAUUGGUUUGACAUGAUAAGGUCACAUUUUGAGAGAGUUUAAUACAUUUACUCAUUAAUUAUUUUGUCUGUUUUUUUUCUACGGUCCCUAAAGUGUCACUCAUUGCUAUAUUACAGUUAUAUUAAGUAAAAACUGUGGUAAUUAUUUGUUGAUUAUCACCAUUUGAACUGGAUUUUGAUGAGAUUCAAGAUUUCCAGCCUCAAACACUCUCCCGACCCCCCAGGGACUAUGUCAGGACCCACAGGUUAAGAACCCCUGAAGAUAGCCUUUAAUGGUCCUGAAUAACAUCUACAAAUGCACAAAUGUUCUUGGCAAACAUCAAAAAAGCCACAUCCAGAUAACUGAAGGCUAAAUUUAAUUAUGUGCUUUUAUUUCAAUUAUCCCUUUAAUUUCAGUUUUCAGUGUCAGUUUGUACAUUUUUAUUGUUCAAGUGGGUUUAAGAGUUUGCCUGCUGCGAGCAGUUUUCAUUGUUCAUUUUGCACAGUAAAUGUUUUAAUGAAUGUCA